AUGGAAUCAAUCGACCAACAUAUAACUCGCAUACAUGGAAGGAAACGUUCGUACGGUCGAAACGAUCGUGGACCUCGUCGAUGCACUUUUUUUGACCGAUCGCUAGAAAAGGAAGAACGGUGGCAGGUAAAGUUGCAGGAAUGGUCAUCGAGGUUGCAGGUGCUGAUGGACAAUGAGCAGAAGCUAUUCUCGGAAAUUCGCUACUUGCAGCGCGAACGUAAUGACCUCAAGGACAAGGUUAAUGCACUUGCAGCGGACAAGCAGGGCCUUCAGAAAAAGUGCCGCGAAUUGGAAAAAGAGUUGUUUGAACUGAGGGAACAGUUGGACAGCAAAACCAAGCAAUGGAGCAUUUGUCAUCGCUGCUCGAACAUAUUUAUGCCGAAUGUUCCACCCGAGUGCGAAAAAAAGUAUGCUUUCUCACCGAACGGCCUUCGAAAUGAGCUAGAAGCGCUUCGAAUGGAGGUGAGUCAGUUGCGGCAGUCGCUGCAUCUACAGACCAAUUAA